AUGGACAACAGGAUCUUGGGUGGGAAGAGGGGCAGUGGUUCCUUUAAACGAUCUUCCAUCAAAAGGACCUCCUCAGGCUCUCAGAAGACUCAGAGGGCUUGGAUUGAGAGGACAUUUCAGAAGAGAGAAUGCAUUCAUGUAUUUCCCAGCAAGGAACCAAACAAGUGCAGCUGUGGUCAGCUGAUAAAUCAGCAUGUGGCCAUCCUGCCUGGAUCCACCAAUAAGAGCGCAGAGGAUGGUCAGGUGGUGCAGGCAGAGGUUCCACAGGAGAAAUGGUCUGUCGUUAAGCACACACAAGUCUCACCAACUGAUGCCUAUGGCAUCAUUGAGUUCCAGGGAGGCGGGCAUGCCAACAAAGCUAUGUAUAUCCGUGUGUCUUAUGACACUAAGCCUGACAACCUGUUACACCUGAUGGUGAAAGAGUGGCAGCUGGAGCUUCCCACACUGCUUAUUUCAGUCCACGGUGGCUUACAGAACUUUGACCUGCAGCCCAAACUCAAGCAGGUGUUUGGAAAGGGCUUGAUUAAAGCAGCUGUCACCACAGGGGCCUGGAUCUUUACUGGGGGAGUCAGCACAGGUGUAAUCCGACAUGUGGGCGACGCACUGAAAGACCACUCCUCCAAGUCACGUGGCAAGGUCUGUGCCAUUGGCAUUGCACCAUGGGGUAUUGUGGAGAACAAGGAAGAUCUGAUUGGUCGAGAUGUGACUCGGCCAUAUCAGACUAUGUCUAACCCUCUGAGCAAACUCUCGGUGCUCAAUAACAGCCACUCUCACUUCAUCUUGGCUGACAAUGGGACACAUGGGAAGUACGGUGCAGAAGUUCGCCUGCGCAGACAGCUGGAGAAACAUAUCUCGCUGCAAAAGAUUAAUACACGUCUCGGUCAGGGAGUGCCACUAGUGUGUCUCAUUCUGGAAGGAGGUCCGAAUGUGAUCUCUAUAGUUCUGGAGAGCCUGCGUGAGGACCCUCCAGUGCCUGUGGUGGUGUGUGACGGCAGUGGACGAGCCUCUGAUAUCUUAUCAUUUGCUCACAAAUACUCAGAAGAAGAUGGCUUGGUAAAUGAUAGUGUGAAAGAUCAGCUCCUGGUGACCAUUCAGAAAACCUUCAACUACAACCGCAAUCAGGCCCAGCAAAUCUACCUCAUGGUUAUGGAGUGCAUGAAGAAACGAGAACUGAUUACUGUCUUCCGCAUGGGCUCUGAGGGACAGCAGGACAUUGAAAUGGCCAUCCUGACAGCCCUGCUUAAAGGCACAAAUGCCUCAGCUCCAGACCAGCUGAGUCUGGCUUUGGCAUGGAACCGUGUGGACAUAGCCCGCAGUCAGAUCUUUGUUCACGGCCAGCACUGGCCUCCUCCUAGUUCCCUGCCAUCCAUAGCCACACCCCAACCAGAGAAACCAAAGAGUCCAAAAGGCGCUCGCUCCAAUAAGGGAAAAGCAGCCCGUGGUAAGAAAGGGAAAGGGGCCAAAGCUAAACCGGAACCUCCUGAAGAGACUGACCCUCGAAAACUAGAGCUGCUCAACUGGGUGAACUCUCUUGAGCAAGCAAUGAUGGAUGCACUAGUGCUGGACAGAGUAGAUUUUGUGAAGCUGCUGAUUGAGAACGGUGUCAACAUUCACCAUUUUCUCACUAUCCCGCGCCUGGAAGAACUUUACAAUACGAGGCUGGGACCAACCAACACAUUGCAUUUUGUGGUCAGAGAUGUAAAAAAGGGAAACCUCCCCCCAGACUAUCAAAUCACCCUGAUUGACAUUGGGCUGGUCUUGGAGUACCUCAUGGGCGGAGCUUAUCGCUGUAAUUACACCAGGAAGAGUUUUCGCACUCUCUACAACAACCUCUAUGGCUUAAAGAGACCCAAAGCUCUGAAACUGUUGGGGAUGGAGGAUGACGACCCAAGGCCAAAAGGCAAGAAGAAAAUGAAGAAGAAAAAAGAGGAGGAGGUCGAUAUCGACGUGGACGACCCUGAGGUCAGUCGGUUCCAGUACCCCUUCCACGAACUGAUGGUGUGGGCGGUGCUGAUGAAGCGUCAGAAGAUGGCAUUGUUCCUGUGGCAGAGAGGAGAGGAGGCCAUGGCUAAAGCCUUAGUGGCCUGUAAACUGUACAAAGCCAUGGCCCAUGAGUCCUCACAGAGUGAACUGGUGGAUGACAUCUCACAGGACCUGGACAACAACUCAAAGGAGUUUGGUCAGCUAGCCUAUGAGCUGCUGGAUCAGUCCUAUAAACACGACGAGCAGGUGGCGAUGAAACUGCUGACGUACGAGCUGAAGAACUGGAGCAACUCCACCUGUCUGAAGCUGGCAGUGGCAGCCAAACACAGAGACUUCAUUGCACAUACCUGCAGCCAAAUGCUACUGACUGACAUGUGGAUGGGGUGUCUACGGAUGGGCAAGAGCAACGGCCUGAAGGUGAUCCUUGGUAUCAUAUUUCCCCCGGCGAUCCUUUUCCUGGAUUUCCGGAUCGGAGACGACGUGUCUUACCACGGCAGCAAAGAGGCAGAGGAGGUGAAGGAAAAGGAGGAUGACACCAAAUCCAGCAAGAGCGUUGAUGUAGCAUCUAAGAAAGGUGACGAGGAGAACAGCAAGAAGAAACAAAAAACAGUGCCCAUUGGGAAGAAGAUUUGUGAAUUCUACAAUGCACCUUUUACCAAGUUUUGGUUCAACACAAUUGCUUACAUGGUGUAUCUGAUGCUGUAUAAUUAUAUCAUCCUGGUGAAGAUGGAGCGCUGGCCGUCAUUGCAGGAGUGGAUUGUCAUUUCAUACAUCAUUACUCUGGGACUGGAGAAAGUCAGACAGAUACUGAUGUCCGAGCCAGGGAAGCUGAGGCAGAAGAUUAACGUCUGGUUAGAGGAGUACUGGAACAUCACAGACCUGGUGGCCAUCACGGUGUUUCUGAUGGGACUGCUGUUACGUUUACAGAACGAGCCCUACAUGGGCUAUGGGCGUGUCAUCUACUGUGUUGACAUCAUCUUCUGGUACAUACGGGUUCUGGACAUAUUCGGAGUUAAUAAAUACUUGGGACCAUACGUCAUGAUGAUUGGUAAAAUGAUGAUUGAUAUGCUGUACUUUGUGGUGAUCAUGUUGGUUGUUCUGAUGAGUUUUGGAGUGGCACGGCAGGCCAUCCUGCAUCCAGAUGAGGAGCCAACAUGGCGACUGGCCAGGAACAUCUUCUACAUGCCCUACUGGAUGAUCUAUGGAGAGGUGUUUGCAGACUCGAUAGACCUCUAUGCCAUGGAAAUCAACCCACCCUGUGGUGAUAACAUGUAUGAUGAGGAUGGAAAGAAACUGCCACCCUGUAUCCCUGGAGCCUGGCUAACGCCUGCCAUUAUGGCCUGUUACUUACUGGUCGCCAACAUCCUCCUGGUCAACCUGCUCAUCGCAGUGUUCAAUAACACAUUCUUUGAGGUGAAAUCCAUCUCCAAUCAAGUGUGGAAGUUCCAGCGUUACCAGCUCAUCAUGACGUUUCACGAUAGGCCAGUUCUGCCUCCUCCCCUCAUCAUUUUCAGUCAUAUUUACAUCGUGCUGAAGAGAUUAUGCUGCCGCUGCAGAAAGAAGCAGGAAGGCGAGUUGGACGAGAGAGACCGUGGCCUCAAGCUGAUCCUGAGUGCAGAUGAGCUGAAGAGUCUUUAUGAGUUUGAGGAGCAAUGCGUGGAGGAGUACUUCAGAGAGAAGGAGGACGAGGAGCAGUCUUCCAAUGAUGAGCGCAUUCGUGUCACCUCAGAGAGGGUGGAGAAUAUGUCUAUGCGUCUGGAAGAGGUUAACGAACGGGAGCACUCUAUGAAGGCCACUCUGCAGACGGUGGACUUACGUUUGGGUCAGCUGGAGGAGUUCUCUGGGCGCAUGAUGAACGCCCUGGAGCACCUUGCCGGCGUCGAUCGCUCUGAUCUGGUUCGCACACGAUCUUGCGCCUCGUCGGUAUGCGAGCCUUCGUCCCUGCUCAGGCACAGCAGCAUCAACAGCUCUGAUGGCUACAGCCUGUACCGCUGGCACCUGGAUGCGGAGGACCGAACUGCCGCCGGGGAAACGGGAGAGAAGAAGAGCCAGGCUUCGCCCGAGAGGCAGGGAAGCCUGUGUAGCAACGAGCCCCUGGUACAACAAUAUGGGCAGACUCUGGACGUCGUUCCACUGAAGCAGAGACGGCGGUCCACUUCGAGCGUAGAUAUUCUUAUAUCUCCUUGUGAGUCAAAGGAUGAAGAGCAGAUUAAGCAGGUUGUCACACCAACCUCCCCUGCACCUCAAACAGACGCCUUUAGCUUACUAGAUGCAGCGCUAGAACGUGCUGGGGUCGCCGUGGAGAAAGUAAAGUUGGAAGCCACGAUGUCAUAUCCUCUGGAGCGGGCACGAGCUCUGCAGCAGUACCCUGGUCAGACGCUGAGUCCCACAGUCUCUCCCAGCAAGAGGUCUUACAGCAGCAUGGUGUAUGUCCCAGCAAACAGCCCCACACAAGGUGAGGGCAGCUGGGCUUCAGAGCCCAACAGCUUGCUGGAUCAGGCGAUAAGAUCUCCCACGACAGGCUGCUGGACCCCACGCUUUGAGUACAGAGUGCACCCAUCCCUGUUUGGGCACACACCUCGAGUGUCUGCAGAGUUAUCCUCCGACAAGCCAGGGGAGGUACCGUCGACGGACAAGACGGACAAAGAACCGGAGGAGCGAGCAGAGGUGCAAAAAAACAAGGAGAAAACAAAAGAAGAGACACGGAAAGAUGGGAAGGAGAAGAAAGAUGAUGAGACAGACACAGAUCACCUGUUUGUGGCUGAGGAUAGGAUCUAUCCCUCCCUCAGAUCUAAGAGUCUGAAUGCAAACCCACGUAAGGUGAAGGCUUUGGGUGACGGCCUGGACAAGCCAAGAGCAGCCAGCAGUGUGAAAGAUCUGGUUGGAGCAUUUGAAGGAGGCACCAACCAACAUGACACAGGCCUGACACUCCCCAAAGAGAGAAGAACCUCACAGCCUGACUCAUGA